CUUUUAACCGCGGUCCACGCUAAUUAGUCAUCCGCGCUAGUCAAAGUGGUUGUGAACGGACCGUCCUCGUUCGCCAUCAUUCGCCUCGCGCCAAUCCUUCCAUCCAACGAUAUCGACUCUGUCGCUCUUCAAAUCUUCUAAAGCUACAUCUCCUCCAGAUCAGUUUCAUAUACACCAAUAGAAGACAUGGUUGGAAAGAAGAAGCGCGGUCAUCCCGACCUGGAGGAAGUCCUUGGACGACCAUGGUGCUAUUACUGUGAGCGCGACUUUGACGAUCUUAAGAUUCUGAUUUCGCAUCAGAAAGCUAAGCAUUUCAAGUGUGAGCGAUGUGGAAGAAGAUUGAAUACCGCGGGAGGCCUGUCCGUUCACAUGAACCAGGUUCACAAGGAAACCCUGGCCAGCGUCGACAAUGCGCUCGGCAAUCGUGCGUCUCUUGAUGUCGAAAUCUUCGGAAUGGAGGGCAUCCCAGAAGAAGUUGUCCAAGCACACAACCAAAGGAUCAUCACCCAGUUUUAUCAAGCCGAGGCGGAUCGACGCACCGCGACUGGAAACCAUGGUCCGGGCGGGGGAGCUGGAGGACCAUCGAAGAAACCAAAGUUUGAGUCGCCUGGCGAUCUCAAGAAGCGACUGGCCGAACAUAAAGCACGAUUGGCUGAACAGAAUACUCCAGGUGGAAGCAGCGGCGACAAUACCCCUGGCGCGGGAGUUCCGAAUAGCCAGAGUCCAGCACCAGCAGUUCAGAGCAAUUCUCCAUACGCUACCCCGCAGGCGCCAUAUGCCGCUCCUCCAGGCGCAUCGUACGGAUCUUUCCCACAAGAACAAUAUGCACAGCCGGGCCAAGCCUACCCACAGCCGUACGGACAACCUGCAUAUCCUCCACCCGUCUCCCAAUAUCCUCCGCAGCAGCCACAAUAUGCAGCAGCUCCCGCGUAUGCACCACCCCAGAGUUAUUCUCCAGGACCAUUCGGACAACCACCACAGGCUAGCUUUGGAGCCCCACCACCUUCCUUCGGGGCUGGCGCACCCCCAGGAUUUAAUCCCUACCAACCACCACCCCAUGGAAGUCCCCAGAUCAGUUCAUUGCCUGCUCGACCGGGGAGUUUACCUCAGGCGCCCGGUUUGCCUCAGAGGCCGUCCUUUGGCACGUCGCCAACUCCACCGUACCCAAUGCAACACCAAGCACCCCCUCCGCCGCAAGGUAGCUGGGGGCCAAACGGGUGGAAUGGGGCAGAUCACCAAAAUCCAGCUAUGUCUUCAGCAUACCCUCCUCCUCACCAAGGCUAUAAUGAUAGUUAUGCCGCUAACGGAGCUGUUGGCAAUAAUGGAGCUCCAGGAGCUGCUAGAGAACCAGAUGACAUUGACGAGUUAAUCAGAAUGGCAGAGGCUGGCAUCAAACCGCCGAAGAAGGGAGAGUCGCCUUCUACUUCCGUUUCAGCUCCAGCACCCAAUGCUGCCCAGCCUCAACCAGCCGACCGGGCAGCGGCUCCUCCAGCAGCAGCAACACCAGAAGCCGGCGAAAAGAAAACGAAGAAGGAUAAGGACAAGGGCUCGAAAAUGGUCUAUUCAGAUAACGAGGUUAGUCCCGAGGAGAAGAUGGCAAAGCUGUCCAGGUACGCAUUCGCUCCAGAACCGAAGAAUGACACAGCACUUGUCGACGACACCGAGAUGCCUGCGGUUGCUGGCACUGUCGAUGAAUAGACAUGUCAUCCCAGCAUUCUCGGCAUUACAAUAUAAUUCACGACUGUCGGCCAUGGAUACACGCUUCGACUCGUGCUGUUACAAUACCAAAAUCAUCGCAAUACCCACACCACACCGAUACGAACACAAAGGUGAAGCCCACAAAUCUGCAGCUGAGUACUAAUUUGGUUCGUCACCCCACCUGUCGGUUUCCUGGAUUUUGGGGUGGGACUGUACACGGUGACCUUUUUUGUUCUGGCGCUACUCUAGACACUGAAAAUUCGCUUUUUAUUCGCGUGGCGUAUUCGCGUCGGCGGUUCCGUGGGCGGCGGCGGCAGAGAGAGGUGGGUGUCUCACAUGGCGGCAUCUGGUGAGUGAGCCUUUUUUGUCACCCGUGUAGGCGUCAUCUGGGAGGGAGUUAUUGGGAGGAAUUACGCGGAGUUGGUGGGCUGGGAGCUCGCCCUUGGGGUGUAUUACUGGCAGAUUUGUAAGUACUAAAAGGUUGGCGAUCUCAAUAAUAUCAUGCAAUCCGUGUUGUCCUUGCUCCCGUGCUGCGUCGUAUGAGUCGUGUAGGAAUCCAGUGCUUCACACCGAGGCCAGCCAGAAACAAUAUUUGCCGGUUAGACCGGUCUAGAUUUAUUAGUAUGUUAUUUGAAAGAUGUUGAUCAUGCCCGGAACGGAUGGAGGGGUCGAGCCGUAGGAUCAUAGAGAGUAACAUGUUGAGACUGAGCGCUUACGCCGGCGAUCUCUUCCGCUGUAGCCUUCUGAGAAGCGCACUCGCAAGGUAACACAGAGAUGUGCCGUCCUAAUUAAUUGUCGAUCCC